UUCGCUUGUAACGCCUGGCGAUAUCUUUUCAUUUUUGGCCUCAUCAUUCACUGUUGCCCGUAGAUUAUAUCUCAUGCACAAAAUAAAGAGCAAAUUGGAAAAACCUCAAAAUAUUACAGAGGAGGGUGCAAACAAUAGUCUUUCCCAAAAGGAUUUAGAGGAAAAUGGUCUUCAAGGAGUUCAGUUGCGCAGUUAUCAACUGGAGGGAGUGCGAUGGAUGAAGCGUUCUUUUGAAAAUGGUCAAGGAUGUAUUCUUGCAGAUGAAAUGGGUCUUGGCAAGACUAUUCAGACUAUUGCUCUUUUGAUCUACCUUCAAGGAACAAAUAAUUGCCCAGGUCCCUUUCUCAUAGUGUGUCCAUUAUCUGUUUUGCAAAACUGGCAAAGUGAAUUCUCAAGAUUUUCUAGGCAUCAAGUUGUACUGAGCUUCACUGGUGAUAGAGAUGAACGAGAAGAAAUAAAAAAUUCAGUCAGGAAAGUGUUCAAACCUCAGAAUUCUGUUCAUAGAAAUGAAUCUCUCUCAUUUCAUGUCCUUCUUACCACAUAUGAGAUGUGCUUGAGGGAAACAACUUUCCUUUCAAAUUUGAAAAAGACUUUGUGGUAUUGCUGACAGGAACACCAAUUCAGAACAGCUUGAAUGAACUGUAUUCGUUUCUCUCAUUUGUGAGCCCUGACAGCUUUUCUCUUGAUGCUGUGGAGGAAUUUGUGGAGGAGUUCACAGAUGUUCAUAACUCAGACACAAGUACAGAGCUGCAGAACAUUUUGUCUCCAUUUUUGUUACGUAGAGUUAAGUCUGAGGUGAUGGCACAUUUACCAAUAAAAACUGAGGUCAUUCUUUAUACUGGUAUGACAGAUCUACAGAGGAGAUAUUACAAGGCCAUCCUUAUGAAGGAUUUGGAGGCCUUUAAUUCUACAAGUGGUUUCAUGAAGACAAGACUGAUGAAUAUUCUGAUACAGCUUAGAAAAUGUAUCAAUCAUCCAUAUUUAUUUGAUGGAGUGGAACCUGAACCAUUUGAACUUGGUGAACACCUUGUUGAUGCAAGCGGGAAACUUCGAAUUAUUGACCAGUUGUUAAUUUUCCUCAAAGCAAGGGGACACAAGGUUUUGAUGUUCUCACAGAUGACAAGGAUGUUAGAUAUCAUUCAGGACUAUCUUGGUUACAGAGGCUAUUCCUAUGAACGACUGGAUGGUUCUGUCCGUGGAGAGGAACGCUAUCUUGCCAUUCAAAACUUCAACGAAACAGAAGACACUUUUAUAUUUCUUUUAAGCACGAGAGCUGGUGGCCAGGGCUUGAAUCUGAUGUCUGCAGAUACAGUGAUAUUUGUAGACAACGACUUCAAUCCCCAGAAUGAUUUGCAAGCGGCGGCAAGAGCGCACCGUAUCGGGCAAACUAGACCUGUGAAAGUUAUACGACUUGUUGCCAGAAGUACAGUUGAAGAAAUCGUGUUGAAAAGGGCAGACGACAAGUUGAAGCUAACAAAUACAGUUAUUGAAGGGGGAAAGUUUUCAGGUAACGUCUCAGCUUUAAACCAAAUUGCCGAGACUCCAACACAGCUGACAGACUUACUCAAGUACGGCUUGGACAAGUUAUUCGACUCAGAUGAAAGGACUCUUACAGAGGAAGACUUGGAAAAGAUUCUAGGAGGAAGUUUUAACAAUGAGUGGACUGUGGAAGAUACAAGAAACCCAAGUAAUCUGAAUAAUGACGACCUGGUUUCAUGUAUGGAAACGGAUGAUGGUGAAAAAGCAAUAAGUGACAUGUAUGUGUAUGAAGGCCACGACUACCGAGAGACAAGUGUGAAAGAUCAAGAGGCAUUCGACAACAUGAUGGCUGACAUAUUAGAGGAAUCCCAAACAGAAGAACGACUUCUCCGAAGCGAGAGAAAGGGAACCGUAGCCCAGUAUAUUGACCUUCCCAUGAGAAAGCGUAAAAUUCUCUCGCCAGAGGAGUUGGAGGAGCGAAAGAGAAAGAGAGAAGAAAAUGCAGCAAAAAGAGCAAAGAAUAAGGAGGAGGAGGAGUUGAGAAAGGAAAGAGACAGACAAAGAAAAUUGGAAAAACUAUGGAAGGACGCUAAUUACUCAACCCUUAAUAUUGUGCUGGAUGACGAAGAGGACGAAGAUGAGACUAGCGAUUCAUUCGACGAAGAAGAUGAACGUGAGCUAAGAGAUAUUCGAUACGUACGUGGUGACGUCACGCAUCCCAUCAAAACAUGCGGUUCCAAUGCCAUUAUAAUACACUGUGUUGACGACUCAGGAAGGUGGGGUCAGGGAGGACUAUUCUCCGCGUUAUCUCGAAGAACACCGCGAGCAGAAGCUCACUACGAGCUAGCCAGUAGAUUGAAAGAUCUGAAGUUAGGAGAUACACAUCUUGUCCCACUUGACGAUCAAGAAGACCCUAAGGAUUGCUGUGAUUACGUGGCUUUGAUAGUGGCUCAGUCACGUGAUAGGCAGAACAGACUCUCGGGAAUAAAACUGACGUCACUAAGUCUAGGCUUGAAGCGGAUAGCUGUGGCAGCAAAGAAAAUGAAAGCCACUGUUCACCUUCCUCGAAUUGGCUACAACACACCAAGCUUUAACUGGUAUGGCACGGAGAGACUGUUACGGAAGUAUCUUGUCUGCAAAGGAAUUCAAACAUCAGUAUAUUAUUUUGCUAGACGACUAUCGGCUACGAAUAAUUCAACAACUCUAACGCCAUCAAAUGCGGAUUCACAAACAAACAGAAAUUGCAAGACGAAAGACAAGCGGGAAACAUCCAAGGCUAACGAACCUUCUCACGGCGAACAUCGGAAGAGUACAAAGCAUUCACUGCCUGAUUUCAUGUUCGGUGUAAAUGUCUUGUUUCAUAGUGUUGAAGAGACAAACAGGAAGCAAUUGACGCGCUACCUGGUGGCCUAUAAUGGCGAUGUAUCACACAUUGCGUGUCCGGAUGUGACUCACGUGGUAACUUGUGAUGAUAGCGAUCAAUAUCAUUCCUCUCAAGAAUUAAACGAUGAUGUGAAGGUCGUCAGUUCGAAAUGGUUGGAGAGUUGCUUCAGGAAAAGAAGAAUCCAGGAAACAGCACCGUAUGAAAUACACAGGAAGGGAAAAAAUUAAUAUUGUAGUGUAUUUGGCAGCGAAUUCCAAUUUUGUUUUUGGCUUUAUACGAGAGUACAUGUAUUUCUCUUCUUUUCUCCUUUCUAGACGAACCUCUCAUAGUAUCAUUCUUCUGCCUUUAGCUCUUUCGAAGAGCUCAUUAAAGCUGUUGUGCUACCAGUCUAUUUCUCUUGAUUUUGUUUUUUGUAACCGCUGCCUACGUAAUUGGAAGUAUUUCAAGUUGCAGAGAAGUAACAGAGAUUGCUGUGAGUCAUAGUAGAUGGCGCGAGUCACGAAAACAUACCUUUCUCCCUAUUCAACCCUUCUUAGCAACCGAAAUUUCUCAGGUAGAAAUAUAGUACUCAUAGAUAGAAAGAAAGUACAUGUUCCAAGUAGGAACAUGUAAGGCAAUUUUAAGGCUGUUCAUAUUCACCGACGUCUGUAUGACAAGGAUUCGCUUGUCUGAUAAUACAACAGAGGACUUUCGAAUUUGCUUCAGGGUUUUUGUGGGAGAUCAGGCCCCGGUUGUUCGAAGGUUGGAUAACGCUAUUUACUGGAUAAAUUUCUAUUCGGUGGAUAAGGGAGUAUGUUUUUCUAUCACUUAUCCUCUGGAUAGCGAUUUGUCCGUUGGAUAGCGUUAUCCUCCCUUUCUAAAACUCGGCCCAGAUGAGAUUUCAAGCUAAAGAUAGAGUAUUUAGAAACUAGCUUGAACCCCUGAGAGUGAUAGGAUCUAAUUUCUCUCGACAAUAUCACCAAUGUAUCAUAGAUUAAGGUCAAAGGAAAUGCAGCGAGAACAGUAUGGAGAAUAUUCUGUCAGUGGGUUUGGAAGGAAGAGAAACGAAAUCAAUCAAACUGUCGGCUGAGCUUACUAAAUUGGGAGAAACUAACUCUGAGCAUCCGCCCACCUAAAGGCGGAAAUCUGUCGCAUUUCUUGGUGUCAGAGGAUCCGCAGCCACUGGACUUCGAACAACUCAAGAGAGACUUAGAACUCCACUUGCGUCUUCAUCAUACAUGUAACGUAAAUAGAAAUUAGAGCUCCAAGCCACUAUUUUUGUACUAACAGUUUUCAAAUUAAUACAUCAGUAAAGAACACAAUGAAGGUUACCCACGAGUUCAUGUAAUUAAAAAAUAACCUAUAACACAUGA